AUGGCAAUACUGCUGAGGCUGGCAGCCAGUGCAAUCUUUAUUGAUUUUUAUUUAAUACACGUUGCCUGCCUGGGCGGGCGCCUUUUUUUUGCCAAUUUUCCAGAUGACAUAAGCACGACGGCAGCGACGUCCACUCCCACGUCGUCAUCGACGUCAGCGUCAGCGUCGCCGCCUAUUGUGAAUGAUACUGAUAAGGCGGGCCUUGCGGAGCAGCCGGAUGUUGUGAACCGUGCGGAAAUCAAUUUGGCGAAGCCCAACAAGCAGACAACAGCAACAACACUAACAACACCAACAGCAGCAACAACAGCGCCACARGAUAUUGGGGAGCAGCAGUCAGCAGCUAAUCAAAUCAACGACGAUGCAGUCGGGCAGCAGCUGCCAACAGCAGCAACAGCAGCGGGAGCUACGCACAACUGGAGCCCGGCAUCGAGACGGUCACGCACGCCGCCCGCGCCGCAGAACUCGCCCGUCGGCUAUGGCCUCUCAGCUGUGCCACCUGCGCUGGCGCCCCUGCUGCAGCAGCAGCAGCAGCAGCAUCAGCCACCGCUGAGCAGCAGGCGCAGUGCCAAAAAUCGCAACAGCAACAACAACAAUAACAGCAACACAAACAUCAACAACAACAACCGCAUAAUCGAAUGCGAUCUCAUACCGAGCAAGAAAUCAAAACGCAAGGCGAGCAAACGGGAAACGGAAACGGAAACGGAGCAUGUAGAAGCCAUGGAGGCCACAGUGCGCGAACAAAUAAGGGAUAUCAAGCCUUUGCCUGGCUUUCAGCAGGCGUUCGGCUCCACCGAAAUCGGGCGCUUCUCUGAGCGUUUUCUGCAAACGCCCGAGAGUCUAGUCGAGCGACUGGCCGAGGAAUACGCAGCAAGUUACAGCAGCAACAUCAGCAGCAGCAGCAUCAGCAGCAACAACAGCAAUUGCACCAACAACAACAGCAACUAUGGCAGCAACAUGGGCAACAGCUACUACGAUGCCCCAAUUGGUGGCAACAUGCACGGCUAUUGGCCAUACGAGGAGCAGCAUGGCUAUGGCUAUCCGAGUCCCGGUCACCACGGUCACAGUCAAAUGCCGCGCAGUCGUAUGCGUGGCCAGCUGUAUCCCUACUAUGCGGCGGACUAUGCGGCGUAUGAGCGAUACGGCUAUGCGGCCUACAGUGCGGCGAGCAGAGCGCGCUACAACGAGAUACGCUGCAAUGGCUACUGAAAGAGCUCACAAAAAAAAAGAAAAAAAAAAAUAUAUAUAUAUAUAGAGUAUAUAUAUAUGCAUAUAUGGAUAACCUUGUCGUUUUGUCAUUUAAAGAAAAGAAAUUCUCUCUGUGUGUGCCUUUUUCGGUCAAAAUACGGCAAUGCCCCGCCCGGAACAGAUUGUAGAGUAUUUUAUUGUCGGGCAUUGCUGGCGUUGAUUGCGUGCAAAAUUCAUAUAACAAAUAAAGUAAAAAAACGAAAAACAGUAAAAAAAA